AUGUAUCCCACCUCUAUAGCCACAGCUCCGAUUGCUCGUCGACCAACACCUCUGCCUCCUCAUCGAUCUGAUUCAACGCAAUCCUCUGCAUCCCAACGGAUUUUCAUCCCACCGGCACCCCACCCGGACGGAUCUGGUUUUCUCUCCCGCAAAGCCUCUGGUACAGAGCAUGAACUUCCGCCGUCGCCCCCAGACACUCCUGGCUGCAGUCCACUUCGGUGUCUCGGAAGGGUUAUAAACACCACACAGAGUAGCGCCACGGAUUCCUCUCAGUCAGCGCCGCGUUCCAGCCUACCUAACAACUCCAUGUUCCUUGGUGGGCCUGUUCCUCCGAAGGACUUCCAGAACGAGUUGUCCUCCCGACUGAAGCGGCAACUGCAGUCGGUCUCGAAGACGGCGGACAUUAAAGCCGAGAGCAAGGAGACUGCUGAAAAUGGUAGCAGUGGACCUCAGAAGCCAUCUGUGCCCUUUACCUUGCCUGUACUCACGCAGACUACAACGUCAAGAACCGUGGUUCAGGAUCCAGCCGAGACGGGUAGCUCCUCUCAGCUCACCACGGAACUCAUUCUUGCUUCCAAGUCCCGCCUAAGGCAAGCAUCGAUGUCGUCUAAGGGCACCAGUGACUCAGCCACCUCGCUCACUCCGACCGACUCAGUACCGGAAUGGCAACAGUCUCAUGUGGUGCAGAGGAUAAAACAGCAACAGAAGGAGCAACAGCAGCCGCCCCAGCAGCAGUCAUUUUCAGGCGCGAUAAAGCAAGCCUCUAUGGACAAGCGAUUAAGCUGGGCACCUUCAAGUGUCUCCCGCUUCCCGCCGCUUGUCUCAUCAUGCGGCGAUACUUUCCCCGAGGAGAAAGAGAUGAUCGUGGCGCCAUCAUUGUGCGGUGCGACUAGCCCAAUGUCCCAUUCUGUGACAAACGCUUGUACACCUGUGUUGUCUCAUGACCUCCUGGUAAAGCAAGUGGCCGAAUUGUGCGCCGAUCUGUCCUGGGCCAAGGUCCACCUGCCGCCUGAUCAGAACGGUGCUCUCGCGGAUCGCAUUAACGAGGCACGUCAGUUGUGCUUGAGUUACGUGGAUGAG